GCAGCAACUAGCGGCAGAGGCAGUGGCAGCAGCUUCUCCUCCUCUAGUCACCCUCCUCUUCCCCUACCCCCAGCCUCUGGAGGUAACCGAGCGCAGGACUCGAACUUGCCACCCGGACUCACCUCAGAGAACAGGAGAUUACAGCUCUCUAUCCCCGGGACCAGGCAGCGGCGCUACCAUGCGGGGCUGCGAGAUCUCCCUGAUCCUCUUGACCCUAGUCCUCUGCGAAGCGCCCUGGGGGACCGCGGCUCCCUUGCCGCCAGUUGGCGUGGAGAACCUGAUGGCCAAGAUAUACCCGAGGGGGAGCCACUGGGCGGUAGGGCACUUAAUGGGAAAAAAGAGCACUGGAGAUUUUCCAUAUGCUUAUGAAGGAGGAGACAAGAUACCUGUGGUACCUGAUAGUUCCAAGCCGCUAAGUGAAUACCUGCAAUGGGAAGAAGCAGAGAAGAAUUCACUGCCUCUGUUAGAAGGGAAAGGUAGUAGAAGCAGUCAGCUACUUCGGCACAGUCUCCUGGGCUACCGUCAGCCCACCAGAGACUUAGACAGUGAUGACCACACUAAAGAUAUGCUGGAAUCCUUACUUCAGGUUCUUGACAUGAAGGAAAGCAUCCUGAGCUGAACUGGAGAUGGCCCCUUUCAAAGGAACAAUAUCUUUAAAUGACUGUGGUCUACGAGCACUGAUUAUGUCAGAUGACGAUGCUGUUUGCUUUGUGUAAAAAAGAUUUCUUUUGAGCAAAUCCUGUUGCUGUUCUUGUAUCAUUCCACCUUGCCUAAAUCCAUAUUUUUCAAGCAGUAUUUUGUUUGAACUGCUUUGCUGCCAAUAACUAUUGAGGAAGGAUCUUUAGAUCUUUAUAUUUUCCCAACCUAUGUUGUCUAUUUGUCCUUUAGUUUUGAGAUUCCUGAUAUGUCAACAUUCACAAAAAAAAUUAAAAUUCUUUUGAAAAGGCAAGUUAAUGCUGUUGCUUCAGUCCAGACAUGGAGAAGGCCCAUGCAACAGAGAUUACAUUUGUCAAGUUGUUUGAUGAUUGGU